AGAUUUCUUAAACCGGCAGGUUUCUUUAUAUAAUCAUCACGGGCUAUGACUAAGGAUUUGGCUACAUGCAUGGCGGGGACCCAAAAAUGUAUGAUCUGGAUCUUGAGAGUACGUCGUCGAUAUACUUGUUCCCGGCCCGUUAUAGCACACUAUGUAUCUGCAGAAAGUACGGGGGCUGUCCCUAUUGAUCUCCUUGCUCUUGGACCAGGCAGAAAGAGCUUGAAAAUGCCGGUACAUGUUUUUAUGGAGUCUGGCACUCACAUGCUAUUGUGUACCACCCCAGUAUGGUCGAGGCAGGGACUUGUAUCGGCCACGGCCCCCAUGGGAACUGAGCAGCUGCCGCUGCUAAAUGACACCCAUGCAUGUACUGGAAAGCACAGUGAUGCCGCAGCAUUUGCGUUUUUGUUGUGGGAUCUUCUGUGCAAGUCGGCGCGAGAAGAACGGGAAAACACCAGAUCCUCCCCUCCAUGCCGACGGCUCUCCCGCAUGCGUGCAGCUUCAGGCCCAUCCCCUAGACAGUUCUGCGCCGGAAGCAAUCAAGAGCGCCUGCAGAGUGGGGGAGGGGCACCAGCAAUUUUCGCAGUGCAUGGACUGCCAGCCAUCCCCCCUCCAUUUUCCCUAUUGAGCAGAAAUGAAAGCUCGCCGCUCUAGCAGCUGUCGAUCUGGGUCGGCUUGUUUUAUAUCAAUCGGCGAAUGCGCAUCACGUGGAGCUUUCGGCUGAUUUACACCGGGGUGGGCCCGCCCAGAGACCAUCCCAACACGAUUGCGGGAGCGUCG